AUGGACAGCAAGAAAUGGCUGUUAGCAAAGGAUACAGCGAGGCGCCCGUCCGGCCGCUCUGCCCGGGGGUAUCCGCUGCGGCCCCGCUGGAGGGCGCCCGCUCCGUUCCCGGGGCUGCCGCCUGGCUCUGCCGCUGGAGCGCAGCCCCCCCCGUCCCGGGGCCGCCCGCAGGGCACCGCCGGGCCCCCCGGGGAAGGGAGGGCGGGGAGCAGGGGGAAGGAGCGGUCCCCGCGGGGGGGGCCGGGCAGAGGGGUGGGAUCUGCUCCGCGCAAUCCCCGAUGGAGGGCGGCGGGCAGCGCUCGGAGCAUCCCCCCUUCCCCAGCGCGGGGGGGAGGCGGCGGGGGAGCCGCCACCCCCCGCUUCCUCCGUUUAAGACCCGGGGCUGGCGGGGCUGGCGGAGGAGAGCGGCCGCUCCGCAGCUGCCGGCCCCACUUCCGCGGCGCGCAGCGCGCAGGGCGGGCGCUGGAUGCGCCGGCGGGGGCAGGCGGGCGGCAGCCGAGCGGGACCCCGCGCAGCGGCGCGAUGAGCGCGGGCAGCGGAGCCGCGGCGGGCACCGCCACCUCCGCCCUCUGCCUGCUCCUCUCGCUCACCGCCGUGGCCGUGUGCCUGCUGCUGGGCGCCAAGACGGCGGAGCUGCAGGGCCGGCUGGCAGCCCUGGAGGAGCGCGGACCCGGGCCGCUGCUGGACGCGCUGCAGCCCCGCGUGGAGCAGCUCUUCCGAGAGAAACUGGGUGAAGGGCUGGCAAAGCUGCGGACGGCGAGAGAGGCUCCAUCAGACUGCAUGUGCCCCCCAGGUAGGUGCAAACACACCAGCACAGCCAGCACCAGGCUGCCCAAGAGCUGCCUGCUCACUGGAUCAAUGCACUGAGCUCCUCCUCUCAUGUU